AUGGUUCUUCCCCAGCUCAAUCCAAAGGCAGCACCGAUCCGAUUUCCGGACUGCUGUCUCGCCGUAUCAACAAAACUACUCCAGAUCCUAUCAGAUAUUUUUUCCAAAACUACAAGCUCAGAGGACAAACCAACAGUCCUCUCUAUCGGAAGCGGCUCUGGUUUGCUCGAAGCUUUUCUGAUCGAUCAACAAGAUAGCACCCACUGCGGCCGUCCUUCUUUUAACGUGGAGGGUGUUGAAGUUCAGCAGCAUAGUGGGAAAGACGCCGUCAACAAAUAUCUUCCAGAACAAGCCAUCUAUACCGUUCGCGGCAGCUGGGACGUUGUCUCGAGGUUACAGGACACAGACAUUACAUCUCUCAUGUUUGUUUAUCCACGUCAACCAACCCUGGUUCUUGAAUACACAAAAGCCAUCGCGCGAAGAGGGCUGAACGUGCAGGUCAUCGUUUGGCUGGGGCCAAUGGCUGACUGGGAGGUGUUCGAGUUUUGCUUUGAUGCAGGGCAUGAGAGUGGGCAGUUUGCAGUCACCGAGAAAAAGCAAGGAGCGGACGCCGGGUUAAAUGAGUACGAGAUGAUGGUCGUGCUCAGCCCUAUGCUACGCCGUGUCGUUUCCAUCAUGACAUCGUCAUCCCCGAAACGUUUCAUACCGUUAAAGAAAAGAAACCACAACCUCCCGGCCAGCACUCCCAGCCUUCGAGGUGUGGUCUUUGAUAUGGAUGGCACACUCUGUGAGCCUCAAACUUACAUGUUCAAGGAAAUGAGAGAUAUAUUGGGGAUCAACAAAACAACGGAUAUUUUGGAACACAUCGAAACACUCCCAAAAUCCGAGCAGUCAGAAGCCCUCGAAUCUAUCCGCAAUAUUGAACGAAAAGCUAUGAAGACUCAAACUCCUCAACCCGGCCUCAUGACACUCAUGGCGUACCUCGACACCAAUGCCAUUCCUAAAGCAAUCUGUACCCGCAACUUUGACGUUCCUGUCCAAAAUCUGAUGGACAAGUUUCUGGAGGGUUCUCGUUUUCAUCCAAUUGUCACGCGGGAUUUCCGCCCUCCCAAACCCGAUCCUGCCGGCAUAUUGCAUAUUGCCAAGGACUGGGGCUUGACGGAUAAGGCUGGCGAGGGAGAUGCCAGUGGACUUAUCAUGGUGGGCGACUCUAUCGACGACAUGACAGCGGGCAGGAAGGCGGGCGCGGCUACAGUACUGCUCGUAAACGACGUGAAUCGGCCUUUGGCGGAGCAUGCGCAUACUGACUUGGUCAUCAACACGUUGGAUGAGCUUGUUGCCGUUCUCGACGAUGGUUUCGUGGGCAGAGAAAUCAACCCAGAGUGA